GGGGCAUUGGUGAGGUUAUCGGUUGUUCCUGUAAUGGCGGAGCGCGGGGACUCCGAUGCGGAGAGAUACAAUAGUGACAUUAGGAUGGCGCAGCAACAGCAGGCACUACGAUUUCGUGGUCCUACACCUCCCCCGGCUGCUGUUUUAAGAGGCCCACCUCCUCUCUUGCGUCCACCUCCUCCUUUUGGUAUGAUGCGAGGACCUCCGCCACCACCACGACCUCCAUUUGGACGUCCUCCUUUUGACCCUAAUAUGCCACCAAUGCCACCCCCUACUGGAAUUCCACCUCCAAUAGCUCCUCCUCAUCUUCAGAGACCUCCCUUUAUUCCUCCACAUAUUGGAAGCAUGCCACCUCCAGGAAUGCUGUUUCCACCAGGGAUACCGCCAGUUUCUUCACCCGCUACACCUUCAAAUCCCAGUCCUAACACUGUGCCUACACAGGCACCAACACUGCCACCAAAUGAAGAAAUCUGGGUGGAAAAUAAGACCCCAGAUGGCAAGGCAUAUUUUUACAAUGCUCGAACCCGUGAAUCUUCAUGGACUAAACCUGAUGGCGUAAAGGUUAUCCAGCAGUCGGAACUGACUCCAUUAAUGGCAGCCCAAGCUCAGGCACAAGCUCAGGCCCAAGUAGUGCAAGCCCAAGUCCAGGCCCAGGCAGUUCAGGCACAAGCUCAGGUGGCUCAGGCACAAGCUCAAGUGCAGGGUCAGCCUGUUCAUGUGCAGAAUGCCACUGCUCCCUCUCCAACAACCUGUAGCCCUUCAUUAAUGGUAUCUACAUCAGCAACUUCAGCCAGUCAGUCGUCUACAACUAAUACUUCCACAUCGAACUCUGUCCCACAGGUGGUUCCUAGUUUAUCUGCUCCUGAGCAAUCCCAGACUGUUUCUGUGACAACCUCAUCCUCAGUCAGUGUGGCAGCAUCUCUGCCCACAGUCUCAUCAGUGCAAGCUCUGCCUCAACCUCUUUCCCAGGCAUUGCCACCAACGGUUCCUCAUGCCUUGCCGCAGCCUACAGCAGCAAUCCCAGCUUUCCCUCCAGUUAUGGUACCCCCAUUCCGAGUUCCUCUUCCAGGCAUGCCUAUACCACUUCCAGGUGUAGCAAUGAUGCAAAUAGUCAGCUGCCCGUAUGUAAAGACAGUCGCUACCACCAAAACCGUGGAAAUGUCUCUAGGUGUCUUGCCUGGAAUUGCUCCUCCAAUUGUCCCAAUGAUACACCCUCAAGUGGCCCUUGCUGCUUCUCCGGCCACACUAACAGGAGCGACAAUGAUGUCUGAAUGGUCCGAAUAUAAAACUGCU